AUGCAUUCUACCAUUACUCUUCCCGAUUAUGAUUAUUUUGCCGACCACGGCUACAUAAUACUCUUCGAUGCUCUUACUCCUCUGAAGCUUUCCAAAGACGUUGACUGGCAUACCUGGAAUGACUCCCUUCGACAAGGGUUAAAAGCUGUUGACAGGCGUCUUUGGCCCAUCCUCCAAGGUUUUUUCAAGCAACCCCACCCUUACAUGGACGAUGAAGAGAUUGCUACCAUAGUCAGUCUUACUUACGGGCAUCUUCGAUGCUAUCCCGCACAGGAACUCAUUGACAAAUGCAGGAGGAACAUUGAGGAUCACUUUAGGGACCAUGAACAUCUUUGCAGGGUUGGGAACGGACUUAUUCGCAGAGCCCUAGGUUCUACAGCUUUUGACUUGGUGGCUCAAACCGUGAGCUUUAAGGAUACUUAUUCCAGACUGGAGCAGAUCUACAACAGCAGCAGCUUCCGCAGAACGAUGAGGUUGUACAAGAAAUGGAUCGAAAUAGCUUUCCGCAACGAUGAAACAGCGCAUGACUUCCUAAUCCGCUUUCAGUCUGCACUUAGUACCCUCGAACUAGGCAUUAGACCUCGAAGUCCGCAUACUGUGUUCCGCCAGUUCCUGAAAGCCAUCUGCCAUCAUCAAGACAGCUCCCGAUUCAUGGAAACGUUUGAGGUUAAAGUGUUUGACAAGUAUACGAUGGAAGAUGUCUAUGCCCACUUCGGGGACUGUUUCACCGAUAAUUGUGUUCUUGUGUCCGAUGCAGUCAAUACUACUCAAGGUUGA